ACUCUAAGGAGGUUGUACACAACAAUAAAUCAUCAAGAAUAAAAUUGUUGGAUCACUAAUGUAUUAAUCAUCACCAAAAUAAGCUGGAAGUCAAAAUCUCCAAUCAAAUUGGGAAUCUCAUUAAGUGUGCUGAGUGUGUAUCAAGAGGAAUUGGAGACCAAAUCACUGUUGAUCAUCGAGCAGAACCAUAACUCCUCUACUAACCUUCCUGCUGCUGUUGCAACUCACUCUCACAGUUUGUCUACUGUUUUUUACAAUGUUGAUCAAAACCAACUAUUGGUUGUUAUUUAAAGCUCCACUGACAUGAUACAUUCAAGGUCCGAGCUCCAUGCAGUUCAUGUAUUCAUUCAUGAAGAGUUUUCUCAACACAAGAUGGAUAGAUACAUACAACAGAAGAAUCCUGAAUAAAUAAGAAACUCAAAUGGUUGGUUAACAUAGUUGAGUAUGGCAUAAAUUAGCCUAAUAAUAAGUCCUCCUACAACUAACAACUUGCAUUUAAAAUUUUAAAAUUUGCACAUGUUAAAGAAUUAGAAUGUGACGAUGCACCUGGAAAAGAUUUGUGCACAAUGCUGCCCCAAAGCUUUACUCCAUCCACCUUCAUAUAUAUAUAUAUAUAUCCUCGAAUUGUUCUUGAUUUAUGGAAUUGAUCAAGGGAAGUUACUAGAAAAACUCAAAGAAAAUCCAUGGUUAAAGGUUGCAGUAGAGUAGUAAUGGAUCGGCUCAGUGCUUCUGCACGUUCUAUGAUAGUUUCUGAUCUUGAUAAUACAAUGUUAGGUUUAAUAAAUUCUUGCUGCACUCCAGAAUGAUGUCGUGCUUGUAUUGCUAUUAGUUAGUUUAAUUGGACAUGGUGCUCUUUCUGCAGGUUGAUCAUCAUGAUGUUGAGAAUGUAUCCCUACUCUGCUCCUCCAUAUAUCAUGCCCAGGUGGAAAUAAAAAGUCCCUGGGUCCAUCUGCUGUAACUGUCCAUGCAUCUGGUGUUUAGAAAACUUUACAUGAAUGCAUACAUGAAUUGAAAAGGUGGCAUGGAGAAAAGCAGGGAAAAAUGUUUUGGGUUUGGGGGGAUCCUGUAUUAUCUACACAGAAUGGUUCAAGCAUCACAUGGCAGGUGAAUUGCAAUAAGUGGGAGCCGUGUGGUGAGAUUUCUUUAUAUGUUCUUCUAUAUCUGCUCAAUCUUUGCAUCUUUUCAAUUUAAACUAAAUGUCAUAUCUGUGC